AGUCGAUCGAUCGGCCGGGGGUGGGUGGGUGGACUGCGGUUCGCAGGGAAGAGGAAAGGGAAGGGGCGAGAUUCUCGGGCCAGGAUGGACGCGAGUUUGGCCAAGGAGAUCUUCCAGAGGGUGUGCGCCGCGGGCGGCUCUCUGAAAGUCAACGAGAUUAAGGUGCAGCUGGACUCGAGCCGCCUAGACUCGAUUCUGCAGGAUAAGGCGAAAUUCACCCUGGUGACCCGGGAGGAUCCCCCCUCGGCGGCCGGCGGCGAAGAACACCGUGUUGUCGUGGCCACCACCGGGGCGCGGCUCUGCCGGGAGCACGGCAAAGGGAAGUGCGCCGGUGGCUGCCAGCAGCUCCACCUCUGCCGGUACUUCGUCUACGGGGGGUGCCGCCAAGAGGCCGCGAGGAAACCAUGCAAGUUUAUCCAUGACAUUAACACAGGCCACAACCUCUCUGUCCUAAAAGAAAAUGGUCUAGAAGUCUUGAACUCUGAUGAAUUAUGUCAACUGCUGCUUCAGAAUGAUCCUUCACUCUUGCCUGAGAUUUGUCCAUAUUACAACAAAGGGGAUGGGCCUUACGGAUCGUGCACCUUUAAGAAGAUCUGUAUUAAACUUCAUAUAUGCCAGUACUACCUCCAAGGAGAAUGUAGAUUUGGGAGUAACUGCAGACGCUCUCAUGAUAUCUUUAAUCCUGAAUGUUAUGAGAAACUGGAGAAGUGGGGAAUGAGCCAAGCUUUGAUUAGUAAAAUUCCAUUGUUCUACAGGAAUGUGUAUGACAUAAAAAACAACACAUCUUCAAAAUGCAGAGAGAGAAGAGAAAAUCAAAUAGUAUCUACCACAGACAUCAAUGAAUCAGAUACAAUUUGUUUAUACCACAUUAGGAAAAGUUGUAGCUUUCAAGAUAAAUGUACCCGAGUUCAUUACCAUUUGCCAUAUAGAUGGCAAGUUUUAAAUGGUACUUUGUGGAAAGACAUGGACAAUAUGAAGAAAAUUGAAAAAGCCUUCUGUGACCCAGGCAAUGAAAGUAUAUUCCAAUUGGGAGGACCAGAGCAAAUCAAUUUCUCCAGUAUGACAUGGGGCUCUGCUAAGAUUAGACGGCUUUCCACCCCAUCUUCUGUGACCAAGCCUCCACAUUAUAUUCUUACAACAGAUUGGAUCUGGUAUUGGAAGGAUGAAUACAAUCAAUGGAAAGAAUAUGGAAAGCAAGAUGAUGAUCAUGUUGCUGCUACUGUGACCAGCUUUGACUUGGAGAAAGCUUACCAAUCUGAAGCAUUUACGACCAUCAAGUUCUCGGCUGGGACACAGAAUUAUGAGAUUGAUUUUAAAGACAUGAAACAGAAAAACCUGAAAUAUCAGACAGAAAGAAGUGUUUGCAGACGACCUAAGUUCGUGUCCAUGGAAGAGGUGGAGAAAAAGAAAAGCAGCAAAACAGAGCAAUCAAAGGGAAGUGCUACACACAUUCCACCUCACUGGGACCAGGCAGCUUUACCAGAACUGGGAUAUAAGCUGAUCAACCUCCUUUCAUCCUCCAGCGAGUACAUAAAAGUCCAGACUAACUUUCUACGCACACUGCCCAAGGUCACAAUACUGGCCAUCAAAAGAAUCCAGAAUUUGUCUCUUUGGGAAGUUUAUCAGUGGCAGAAAGAACAAAUGAAGAAGGCAAAUGGGGGAAAGGAUGUAGAUGAAAGGUCUCUGUUUCAUGGAACAAGUACAAAACAUGUUGAUGCCAUCUGCCAGCAGAAUUUUGAUUGGAGAAUCUGUGGUGUUCAUGGUACAGCUUACGGCAAAGGAAGUUAUUUUGCAAGGGAUGCUGCAUAUUCUGAUAACUACAGUGAAGGCAGUUCUUCUAUCAAGACCAUGUUUCUUGCCAAAGUAUUGGUGGGAGAUUUCACAACUGGCAAUUCUUCCUAUCUCCGCCCCCCUGCCAAAAAUUACGAGAGCAGUCUUUUCUAUAACAGCUGCGUGAACAGUCUCCUGAAUCCAUCAAUUUUUGUCAUUUUUGAGAAGCACCAGAUUUAUCCCGAAUACCUGAUUGAAUACAAAAAAUCCUGUUUAACACGCCGCUAGAUGAGCUACUUUCUGGAUGACCAUUGAAGACCUUAGCCUAUCAGCAUUUUGUUGAGCGAUUUUUGAACAAGUUUUUAAUAGAUUAAAAAGAUAUCCUCUCUCUUCCCUUCCCCCUGAAAUUAGACCCCAUAAAUGUAAAAAGCAGACUUAAUUUUUUACUAUCAAAGCUCAAUACAUCUAUGAAUGUUAAGUGCUUUUUUUUAGAAGAGACAUUAUUGCUUUCUCAAGGAAGAAUAAUUUCGAUUAUACUUGUUCUGAUAGCUGUAUGUCAUGUAAAAUCCAAGAUGAUGCUUUUAUAUUCAGCGGGGAAAUUUAAUCAGUGGAAUCAUAAAUGACUCAUUGACUAGGUCUUCUUAGAAAAGCAACCCCCAUAAUACUUAGCCCCCAUCCCUUUGCAUUAAUUGCAGCAUAGGUCUGCUGCAGUGGUUUGAAAAGCUGCUUUGGGACAGGCGUGUAUGUACACCCUGCAUAUACAUAAGGCAGUGCAUUGUGUACGUGUGCCUUAUUCUCAUAGAUGUGGUGUGCUCAUUCACACUUGCUCAGAAACAAUUUUACGGUAUUAGAUCUGAAGCAUUGGAUAUCUCUAAAUACCAGAUGUUACAAGAGCCCGCAUGAAGAAGCACUGAUUUUAAUAAACUCUAAUGUUCCGUUUUAAACAAUUUUACUCUUUUUGCAGAUUUUAGUAUUUUAGUAUUAAUAUCUUUCAAUGCUGUUCCAUCUUUCUAAGGGCAUAAGGGUAGAGAAAACCUUCAGAUCAGAUUACCUUGUUGG